AUGACAAGAUCCCACAAGAAAGCUGUCGAUUAUUAUAGCGAUGAAUACAGAAAGAAUGGCAAAGGAAGCGAGAGGAGAGUCUACCGAAAGAAAGUUCGUGAUGUCUUGUCCAACAACCAUCCAGCUACAAGUAUUGACUUGAUCCCAUCGAAUCCAAGUAGAAAGUAUUGGGGUACGAUUCCAGUGCUUUCCGAUAACUAUCAAUUUGCAUCAGUAGAACAGGCUGUUGAGGAAUAUAAUGAAAUUAUGAGUGAUCCAGCGUACUCUCCUCAAUUAUUGAAAGAACAAGUGAAAGAGAAUCAUCGCCUUGAAAAGUGGGCAGAGGAAUGUUCGAAAAGAACUCGUCGAAAGAACAGAAAAUUACAAAGAAAAUUAGAGUUGAAUGAUUUGAAGCAUCCCUAUGAAGAGGAUUCAACAGAUAGUGAGGAAGAGAAGGAAAUUGAGCAAGCGGUAAAAACACAACAACAACGCCUUCCAGCCUAUGUAAAAGAGAAUAUGGAUCAAGUGAGACGAUAUUUGGAGAAUGAUAGUCACAAUUCAUUCAGAUUUUACAGAAGGUUGAAUAACAAGUAA